AAUCCCCAGCUAAGAAAAUGUUGUCCCAUUAUUUUAAAUAACUUCCAAGAAUUAGUACACUCCCCUCACACCAUAUGGAGCCCAAAAAAUGAGGAAAAAUAUUUCAAGAUUCCAUCAAAAAAAGAUAGCCACACUAUAUAUAGACCUGGAAAACAUGCAAAGUGACAUUUGAUGUCUAAUCUCAAUAGAUAAUAAGCCAAAAACAAGAAUAUAAAGUGGGGGAAUGCUCAUUAAGAUAAGAAAGAAAUAAACAAUAAGAGAAAAAGCUCAACCUUUUUUCCUGAAUGGUAAUAGCAAAUCAUGAAAUAAACUGAACUAUCACCGACUAUCUAUCACAAAGUAUUUUGAAAUUGGUGUUUGCAUUCAAACAGUUGGUUUAGUCAACAUCGAGGUAUGUUUUGAUAUAUAGUUUAGGCAAGGAAAAGACAAACACCUAAUAGUUCAGAUAUGAAACUCGUGAAAAAGUGAUACGACGGGUGUGUUUUUGACCAUGUUACCUCCACAAAAAGACAAAUGCUUGCUUUAUGAGGUGAAAGAUAAGAGCAGAGGAAAAAAGUUGGGAGUUUUACAUUAUACUAAAAAAAAUUUAACCUCAUAUAAGAAGCCAAAAGACAGUUGGAUUCAGUGCAUAUAUCUCACAUGAAUUUAAAAGUUCUUAUAUGUAAAGAGUACUGUGAGAGGGCCUCUUUUAUCUAAUCAAGAACAUUGGGACUGACUUAGCUAUUUCUGGUGUGGGGCAUUCUUCUUUGUACUGUCAUUUCAGAACUUGCUUCUCUAUUUAUGAGAUAGACACUGUGAGUAAAUAGGAUGAUAUUUCAGGUGUGACAGAUAAGUAUAACAAGUGAACAUGCAUGGAGGAUAUGAGUAAAGAAGAAUGCAACAGCAAUGAGUCAGGUUGGACGAUGUAUAUUGGUUCACCUUACCGUGAGUAUAAUGAUGAAGACGAUGAUGAAGGAACUCCGAUGAAGGGUGAUGAUCAUGUUGAAGAUGGUGGCAGCGAUGAUUCCAUGACUUCGGAUGCUUCAUCUGGUCCAAGUCAUCAAGGAGUAGUACUAUGCACAAACAUAGAGCAAAUUUAUGGAAAGCAUGUGGAAAAAGAUAACAGGAAGUUCUCAAGUAAGGAACAAUUACAGCAACAGAAACAGGCAAAGAAGAAAUUGUCUGAUAAGAAUACAAAAGCAGCAAAAGAAGAUUCAGGACAUAAAGCAAAGAGUGGCAAAGGUUAUGGUUAUUGCAGAUCAACAACAAGAGGAAAACAUGUGAGUUAAGAGACAAAAACCGAGACGCCACAAAUCACUGUAAAUUAAAUCCUUCUGCUUUGAUUCCCAUUUCUGAUAUCAGAUUUAGAUUAAAAUCUUGAAGUAUUUCACCUUCGUUAUUAGAGAUCCUGUAUAAGAUUAGGCAAACCCAUUCAGCUCAUGAACAACAAAUGUAAUACAUAACAUAUCUUAUAAUGUCAUGAUUUAAGAGUCUGUCAUUCCUGAUGUAAAUUUUCACAUAUAUUCAAAUGUCAAGUUUUCAUCUCUUUCGUCUCAA